CAGGAAGUGGGUGUGGCUUCCUGUCCUACAACUGGCCAUUUGCAAUGUUGCUGAAGGCUGUCUAUCUGUCACCUUCAGAUUAGUAAACCUAAGCCAGUUGCAGAGUGAGGACCUGUAUCAGGCAAUAUAAUGCGGAAGCCAAGCCCUCAGAAAGCAAUAGAUUGGAAAGAUGGCAAAAAGCACAAGUAUGGACGCCUGUCUGAACCACCUUCUCAGUACCAAGGUCAUUUUGCCUGGGAUAAAUACUUGAAAGAGACAUGUUCCAUCCCAGCUCCUGCCCAUUGCUUCAAGCAGUCUUAUACCCCACCCAGCAAUGAAUUCAAGAUCAGCAUGAAGUUAGAAGCCCAGGACCCCAGAAACACCACUUCAACUUGUAUUGCUACUGUGGUGGGACUGACAGGUGCCCGUCUCCGAUUACGCCUCGAUGGUAGUGACAACAAGAAUGACUUCUGGCGUCUGGUAGAUUCUGCAGAAAUCCAGCCCAUUGGCAACUGUGAAAAAAAUGGAGGGAUGCUCCAGCCUCCUUUGGGUUUUCGUCUGAAUGCUUCCUCCUGGCCUAUGUUUCUCCUGAAGACUCUGAAUGGAGCAGAAAUGGCUCCUAUUCGGAUUUUCCAUAAGGAGCCACCAUCUCCAUCCCAGAAUUUCUUUAAGAUGGGGAUGAAACUUGAGGCUGUAGACAGGAAGAACCCACAUUUCAUCUGCCCAGCCACUAUUGGUGAGGUACGGGGUUCUGAAGUCCUUAUCACUUUUGAUGGCUGGAGGGGAGCCUUUGAUUACUGGUGCCGCUAUGAUUCUCGUGACAUCUUUCCUGUUGGCUGGUGUUCAUUGACUGGUGACAACUUGCAGCCCCCUGGAACAAAAGUGGUCAUUCCAAAGACCCCGUUUCCUGCCCCUGACGUGAUCUCCGAAAAAAGCACCAUGCACAGCAGCACAAAGAGUAUCCUGGAACAUCCGCCUGGACAAAGAGGCCGCAAGCCUGGUCGUAAAAGAGGCCGGACACCCAAGACUUUGACCAGCCACCCCAACCCCAAUCCCUCCAAGGCAGUGGAGCCCUUAAAAUUCCCCAAAAAGAGGGGACCAAAACCUGGCGGUAAGAGAAAGCCUCGGACGUUACUAAAUCCAGCACCUACUUCCCCUACAACUAGCACUCCUGAGCCUGACACCAGUACGGUACCACAAGAUGCAGCUACUAUCCCCAGCUCUGCUAUGCAGGCCCCUACAGUUUGCAUCUACUUGAAUAAAAAUGGUAGCACCGGGCCUCAUCUGGACAAAAAGAAAAUCCAGCAAUUGCCUGACCAUUUUGGUCCAGCUCGAGCAUCUGUAGUCCUGCAGCAAGCAGUCCAAGCUUGCAUUGACUGUGCUUACCACCAGAAAACUGUCUUCUCAUUCCUUAAGCAAGGCCACGGAGGAGAGAUUAUUUCAGCUGUGUUUGAUCAUGAGCAGCACACUCUAAACUUACCAGCGGUGAAUAGUAUUACUUAUGUCCUUCGUUUCCUUGAGAAACUUUGCCACAACCUGCGGAGUGACAACCUCUUUGGGAACCAGCCCUUCACUCAGCACCAUAUGCAUCAUUCCCGAGAAUAUGACCAUGAUAAAUACCUACCAGACAGGAGCAUUUCGUUAGACGGCUCUCUGCAGGGACCAGGCCGGGGUACAAAGAGGUAUUCCCAAGAUUUCCCUCCAUACAGUGCUCCUCUGUCCCCCAAGUUACCAAAGAAUGACCAUCACCCCUUGGAAGGUGAAACCUUUGUUUUGAAUGACAGCCUCCCUGGUCCUUUGGAGCCUCGCUUGGACCCGAUGGACUCAGCCUUGAAUGCCGUCAGCGCGUCCAGUCCCAUUCGGAACUCAAGGGACUUCCGCCUUCAGGGAUAUAGACACCUUCAUCAGCCCUCCAGCCUCACUCAGUGCAGUACCUCUGCCUUGCAUAGACUGAAUGCUGGGGGCUCCGACAGAUACCUGAGCUCUCGAGACACUUCACGGUUGGGUACCCGGGACCCCUCCGCUUGGACGGUGGAAGAUGUCAUGCAGUUUGUAAGAGAAGCUGACCCUCAGCUGGGACCCCAUGCAGAUCUCUUCCGAAAACAUGAGAUUGAUGGCAAGGCCUUGCUUUUGUUGCGUAGUGACAUGAUGAUGAAGUACAUGGGCUUGAAACUGGGGCCAGCGCUGAAACUCACCUACCAUAUUGAUAAGUUGAAACAGGGCAAGUUCUGAAAAAGACUCUUCCUGGCACAAGCAUGGCCCUCUCAGCUCUCCAUGAAGGCACGCAACGUGUGCCUCCCUUCUGCAGCCACCGCAUCACAGAAUUACUAGGACACCUUUCCUACUCAGCAGAAGAAAGGUGAUAUCCUGCAGGAGGACGGUCCUAGGCACCCUGAACCGUCAUAUGAAGCUUCAGAUAGAUUCUCACAAAGGGAUGGAUGUUUCUUCAGCUCUCUGCUGGUGGCAUCUGGGACCAUAUCUGGCAGAGGCAGUGAGGCCUCCUGUGUGUGGAGCUCUGGCAGAGCCACCCAUGCAUUAGACUCGGCUGUUUGGCCCUUCUUUUUUAAUUGCGCCAUGUUCCUUUGCUGCUCUCCUUGAGAAGCCUCUUCAUGCAAUAUGAGGAGGAUGUCAAGAGGUCACUUUUCUGUGCCAUACAGAAGAAACUGAUAAGAAGAAGCCAACUGAUUAGGACAAGCAGCUGCUGCUCUCCAGAUGGUUCACUCCCUUGGGUGCAAGGGCAGGGUGGGAGUUUUGGCAGAAGCCAUAUUCUGUGAGCCGUACUACCUGCCUACAGAUCGCUCUUCUCACUUCUCACUUGGUGCUGUUAACCUCUUCCUGAAUUGAGGACUCAAGCUGGCUUCCCCCCGCUCCCCCCACGUUGCUGGCUGAUGGGCAGACAAUUCUAAUAUUUAUUUGGAACAAAGAAUGGAGGAUAACCAGUAGUCACCACGAGUGGCUCUGUGUUUGUGUUAUCCACUAUUCCAGCACUACAAGUGAGCCGGGAGGAUGGGAAGUGUGUGGUCCUGUACUGAAGUGGCACAAGGCAUACAACUAAGCAACCUCCCCCCCCACUCCUGUCCCCAAGCUUGAAAGUUUUCUUUUCUACUUGCUAUUGAGAUGGCAACUAUUUUAACGUUUUUCCUGGGGGAAUUACACGUCUCCUAUUCUACAGUGGUACCAUUUAAAACACCCUCCACUUCAACCUGGCAGAGCUUCCUUGAUAGCUACCUGGCAGGCACGUGGGACAGCAGAGAGACGCGGAAAUAGGCUUUUUUUUAUGUCUCUCUGCCAAUCCCAGUAGGGAAACCUGAAUUGUUUUGUUUAUGUGUAUUCUGGAAAAUGAUUAAUGUAUUUAUUUUUUAUGGCACUUGAGUGGUGGCCCUCAUUGUCCUGUAGUUAGAGGGGUUUUGCUGCUGGCAGAUGAGAAUAGGAGAAGGAGGUAAUUACCUGGUGACCCACCGCUCUGCUUUUCUCCAGGUCCUCCACUGAAGUGUGCUUUGUGUCUGGAAAGCAAGCGUGUGAUACUUUUUUAUUCCUCCAGAAUAACCAUAGCAGCUUGUCCUUGGGUUGCAGACAAAUGAAUGCUGAGACGGUUGCCCAUUGCCUGCCCCUGGUUCCUGAACUGGGGGGUGGGGCGGGCAAAGGUACAAGCCCUUCACAGGCGUUUCUUUCUGCCCAAGUUACGUAUCCUGCUGCUCCUUCCUGUGGAUGGUUCUUUCUCUCCGAGACGCUUGUGGAAGAGGAGCUCCGCAGACCAGGCCAGAAGGCAAGGCGAGAGGG